GGGUCAGGGGCUUCCCCGUUCCCCGUGGUGGUGUAAUAAUAUUUAUGUUCAGAAACAAAGAACCUGUUUUCUCAUUUAUUGCAAAAUAUUUAAAACACAUUUUUUUAACCACAAUCAUCUUAAUAUGUGAAAUAACACCAUUAUUUUAAUAAUAUUUACUUUAAAGUUUAAAUAAGUACAAUAAAACGUACUAUGAAACCUUUUGAAUUAAAAAGGAUCUAAAACUAAGUUACAAUUUAUUUAGUAACUUUUGAACUGGACGUUGCUUUGUUUGUCAAAGAGCAAACUGUGACUCAAAAAUGAAAAAUCUGAAAUCUUCGCAAAUCGAAAACUAAAGUCUUGUUAAAAACAUUUUACUUUACCUUGAUUAUUAUAUGAACUUGAAGUCUACCUACUGCUUCAGUGAAUCGUGUUUGUGUUUCAUAAUGUUGCGAUCAGAUGCAGAAGUUAAAUCUUUAGAUAAUUUGUUUGAAAAUAUAAAUUCUCUAAGUCUUGAUAUAUUGUUAAAAAUACAAAAUGAUGUUGAUCCCCAGGAUAUGACAUCGUUAGUGUUUCUGUUGUAUGACGUCCCGGACACGGCGCUCCAACGACUAAUUGUUUAUCAAAGAGUAUCAAAAGAUGUCGAGAGCAACACCAUGAACUUACUCUAUGAUUGGGCUCUUUAUGCACAGUCUCGGCCCACUUGGAGAUAUGAAUUCUUGGAAGCCCUUUGUAUAUGCCGACUAUAUAAUAUUAUCAGAAAGCUUGGUUUCAACGUGUCAAGUGUGAAGAAACACUACCUCCCAGAGAACGUCUGUGUAAAUGUUUACAUAGACCCUGUGAAAAAAGUUCUGUAUAAUCUUUGUGAAAAUAUGACAUCAGAGUCUUUAACAAAGUUAAAAAGAACCUUACACUCAUACAAGGUAGAUGUAUCGGAACAUGAAACAUGUGAGGCUGUAUUCUUAGAACUUAUGUGUCAGAAGUUGAUUAAACUCGGGCAGUACAACAGAGAAAGGAAAAUGUACACUGCCUCAUAUGAUUUAGAUAUGCUCAUAAAAAUAAUUGAAAACUUUGGUGGCCUCAGUAAAUUUGCCAAAAUCCUCGGGGAAGUACAAAAUCAAAUCAACAAUCAAAACAGUUCUGGCGAAUCUAAUGCUUCUGGCAGUCCUCUUACUAAACACUCCUUAAAUGAUUCUAAAAAUCAAGCAGAUGAAAAGCAAAGCUAUGAAGAUAUAUUUCAACUCCUCAAUGAAUUACACACAGAGGAUGUACCCAUUGAGAAUUUGAAAUCAGAUAAUAGAAUAAUAAAAAAGGAUGCAUAUGUCAUUAAGAAUAAAAACCGUCUCGGUGUAUGUUGCAUUAUCAACGAAGAGAUUUUUCAUCCUUCUAAAGACAGUAUUGAAAGGAAAGAGAAACUGAAUCUAGAAGACCGUUUGGGCUCCUCGAAGGAUCUGUCCUGUUUGGAAAGGACAAUGUCAUCAUUGAAAUUUGAAGUGAAGAGUAAAUCUAAUUUGGACCAUAAAGAAUUUAUUAAAUUUAUCAAAGAUGUCAUACGAAAUGAUGUUUUGCCUGAUGACAGUGUGUUUAUGCUUUGCAUUUUAUCACAUGGGGUGCGAGGCCAUGUUUAUGCAGCCGACUGUGUGAAAAUAAAAGUUGAAGACAUACAGAACAUGUUAGACUCUGAUGAAGCUCAGAACCUUCAUGGGAUGCCCAAAGUAUUGAUACUUCAAGCCUGUCAAGUCGAUGAAGACCCAGAUGUGAAUAAUAAAUUAGUAGCAGACAGCCCAACGUCAAGUUACUAUUUGAGGAAGUCCCACUUUCUUAUCUGUUGGGCCACUGCUCCGGAGUUUGAGGCAUAUCGUAUUAUAGAUAAAGGUUCAUUGUUUAUUCAAUGCUUGUGUGCAAAAAUGAAGAAGGAGACAAAUGAACAUUUGUCAGACAUAUUCACCAAAGUAACAAAUUUUGUAACAUCUCUUUGUACACAGUACCGCAAGGCUCAAGUACCAAUAUGUGAAUCUACUUUAAUUAAAAAGCUAUAUCUUCAUAUCCCAGAGUAGAUAUUAAAAGUAAAAAUCAGUCAAGUGCAAGUCGGCCAUUUAAUUUUCAUGGUGGCCAUUUUGAAUGUUUUAUUAUAGUCAAAGUCAAAAUCAUUUAUUCAAAAAAGGUACAAUUGUACUACUUUUGAUGGUUGAAAUUGUUAAAUUUGUACUAUAUAGUGGUGAUAAUUAAUUGCGUUACUUAAAACUAAAGCUACAAGGGUUCCAAAUGCGCCCAAGUCUGAGAAGAGCCCACAAAAAACUCAGCCGGGUAUUUUUUUUUUAUCAUAGCUGCAAUAGAAAUAUGUAUUCUGUGAAAACUUCAACUCUCUACCUAUAAUGAGAGGUUUAAGAGAAACAGCCUUCUGACAGACAGACAGACAGCAGAGACGUAGUAGAGGUUUCAUUGGCAUCCUUCAGGUAUGGAAACCUAAAAGUUCCCCUUCUAGAGUUA